AUGGAUGAUGACUUAAAUGUAACAUACAUUGCUCUUAGUGGGUAUGUUGAAAUGGGCACAUUCAGGUUUUUGUAUUUUUCUAUUAUGUUUGCUGUAUAUAUCCUAACAAUGUUCUUUAGUUCAUCCAUUAUGUGCCUUAUAUGGAAGCAUAAGAACCUCCAUGAGCCUAUGUACUUUUUUAUCGCAGCGUUGCUUCUGAACUCCAUUGUUUACAACACUGCUAUGUACCCAAAGUUGUUAGGUAACUUUGUGUCUGAGAAACCGGUCAUAUCAUAUUCAGCCUGUCUCAUUCAAUUUUUCUUGUAUUACUUCUUGUGUGCUUCAGAUUUCUUCCUGUUGUCAGCCAUGGCCUAUGACAGAUAUGUGUCUAUAUGUAAGCCUCUGCAAUAUCAUACUAUAAUGACAACAACUACAGUGAGUGUUAUUCUCUGUUUGGCUUGGCUUGUGCCUGCGUGUGAGAUUGCAGUUUCAAUUAUUCUGAUUGUUAAUACUAAAUUCUGUCAUUUUACUUUAAAGUCAUUUAUAUGCAACCAUUCAAUUUACAAUCUCUUUUGCAUUAGUUCAAAAAUAAUAACUUUAUACGAUCUGUAUGUUCUGUUCAGCAUGGCCCUUUUACCUUUGCUCUUCAUAGUUUUCACAUACACCAGAAUACUGAUCAUAUCCUAUCGAAGCGGUAGAAAUGUCCGUAGAAAAGCUGCACAGACCUGUUUACCCCACCUCGUAGUUUUAUUCUGCUUCUCCUGUUUGUGUUCAUAUGAUGUUGUAAUAGGCCAACUUGGAUCUGAUUUACAUUCCAUAAUGACUUUACAGGCAUUCUUGUAUUACCCCCUCUUUAAUCCAGUUAUAUAUGGACUGAAAGUGAAAGAAAUCUUUAAGCACCUGAAGAAGUUGUUCUGUCGAGCAAAGUUGAACUGACUAUGUUGCAGUAAUUGUGAUGUAAGUGAUGCGAAUGUGCAGGCAAUUCUUCUGUAAUAAUAUGCACAUAUGUGAUGUUC